AUGGCACAACCUCAAGUUCAAGUCUCAACAACGACACACCGUCAAGAAACUGCUACCUACCCACCACAACAACACCUUCGUAAAGAUGUUUACGAAAGUGUUAAUUAUCCUGACCAUCGUCGUUAUAACGACCGCUAUAAUGAUAGUGGUCGUUAUGAUGGUGGUAUUACCUCUUUUUUGUCCGAGAGGGGUCCUUCGGCCUAUCAAAUUCUCGCCACCGUUGGAGGAUUUUUCAUAGGUGGUACCUUGCUUUUAUUAGCUAGCAUUUCAUUUAUCGCCAGUCUUAUUGGAUUGGCGAUAAUGACACCACUUUUCAUCCUUUUUAGCCCGGUUUUGGUCCCUGCUGCCCUUACCAUAGGGCUAGCAGUGGCCGGAAUAUUAACCGCGGAUGCUUGUGGGUUGACGGGACUUAUGUCAUUGUCAUGGACCGUGAGAUACAUUAGAGAUUUACAAGAGGCGGUGCCAGAACAAAUUGAUUCGGUGAAGGGACGUGUCGCGGAUGUGGCUAGUUAUGUUGGACAAAAGACUAAGGAUGUUGGACAAAAGACUAAAGAGGUUGGACAAGACAUACAAACAAAGGCACAUGAAACUAAGAGAUCAACAUGA